CGAUGGCGAAAAGUGGUGCAUGUCUUCCAUGAAUCGCAACAACUGCUGCCUGCGAGCAAAGGAUAAGAAGAAGCCGUUUCUCUGUCGUUCAUCCCUUCAUCCAGCCAGAAGAGAACGAUGGCGCUGCGAGCUGCGGUUCUGCGAGCUGCGGCCGUGGCAGCGAGCUGUAUGGUGAUGGUUGGUAUAGCGAGCAUGUACAUCGCGGUUCAGGGCGCUGAAGCCGCAGCUGCACGGGUUGAGGGUGCGCUUGGGCUGAUGCACGAGCGCGUCGGGUUCGUCCUGUAUGAUUUGGAUGACCGCCGACACAUCCCUCACGCGCUGCUGGCGGCACGCUCUCUGUGGACGGCUGGCGGCCUACGAGACCCGCAGACCGUGAUAGUGACGACGUGCGCCGCGCCAGACCCACUUUCCCUGCCCAGCCAUGACGAGGAGGCCCUGUGGUACGAGACGCAGUGGCAGGCGCAUCGCAGGAGCGUUGUCUUCAAGCACGUGCUCAACGGCACCAAGUCAACGCAGCGGCUGCGGCAGAGCCACAUGAUGCGUGUUUCAGAGGCCUUCCGGUUCCUGCCACGGCAGGUGCGCAUCGCGGUUGUCCUUGACGCUGGCGUGUACGCCGGUGCGCCACUCUCAGAAAUGAUGACUUGGCUGCAGCGAGCCGUCCAAGUCGCUGCAGCACGAUCGGAGGAAGGCAGUACAACAAACUCGUUCCUUAUGGCACGGCCAGCUGAGGGCGGUGAUGGCUGGUCGACGGGGAUCACUGUGAUCAAUCGCAAGCUGUCCACGUCUUGCCUGCUUGCAUGCCAGCUUUCCCGGGACAUGCAAGGCAGCAGCGAGAACACACCCCAGCACCAAUCAAGCCUAAAUGCACACACAGUUCACUUCCCUCAGCCAGCGUGCUCCCCUGUAUCCCUCGCCCCGGAAAUGUAUAGCGAGCUAAGCCGGUUUCAUCUCCUCCUCAAGCACCGCUCCCCCUUUGUGCGCAUCUUCACGAACAGCCGCACCACAAACGAAAAAGAGAAGGGUGGCCUGUACGUUUCACGCGCCGAGCACGAUCGCUACGUGGGCAGCACGCUCGGCCUUGGUGCUGACUUUGUCGCCGCAUCCUAUCGGACACGCGAAGGAUGCCGAGGCGAUGGCGUGCAAUGGGAGGACGACGAUGCCGCCACAGCUGCGACGACCUCAAACAAGCUCGAGCAACAUGAAACCCGGCAACAAGAACAGGUGUCUGGGCCGGCGCCGCCACAGGUGCCACACAUUGCACUCGGUGGCUUUGCAAAGUGCGCCACAACCACGCUCUAUGAAUGGCUCAUCAAGCACCCCAACAUCAUGGAGCCAUGGACCAAGGAGCCAAACUUUGACUUUGCUUCGUAUGAGACGGCGGUCGGGAGGGCGUAUCUGGACCAGCUACUGUAUGGCCAACGCCACGGCACAGAGCCCACCACAGGCCCAAAUGGCACUCCAAUGUACGCUGCGCAUCCUGUCCUGCAGCAGGUGGAGCGGUUCCUUGGGAUACCAUCCUAUGGCAAGUGGGAGGAGGUGCUGCAGCGCAUUACCAGACACAACGUGAACCGGCAUAGCAAGGAGCUGUUGUCACCUGAGAUGAAGAAGGAAGUGGAUGCGUUCUAUCAUAUUCACAACCAGUGCAGCGUGUGCGGGUCGGACAUUGAUGGCCCGCAUGAUGGCGUGACAUGCGCUCAGGGACACGGUACCUGCAAGGACUGCAUUGAAGUGCAGGUGACAUCGGCCAUCAAUGACCCAAACAACCAGUACGCCCUGACGGAGAACGGCGCCCUGAAAUGCUCCACCUGCAACCAGGGCAUCUCAGACGUGCCUGUGGUCCGCCUCAUCUCCUCCCAACUCGCUGCUCGCUUCCUCGACACCAGGCGCGACAUCGCUCGUCGCGAGGGGCGCGUGGAGGCAGAGCAACACAACCGCAGACAUGGCAGCCACCCACGUCGAGCAGCUGAAGCCGACGCUCAUCACGAGGACGAGCACAACGUGCGCCUGCUUCGUUUGGACGUCAUCAACGACGUGCUGACGCUGGCCUGCCCACACUGCCACACGGCAUUUUUCGAUUUUGACGGCUGCUGUGCGCUCCAGUGCAAGCAGGCACAUUGCAAUCAGCACUUCUGUGCGCUCUGCUGUUCUGCGCACGAGUCGGAGCACGACUGCCACACCCACGUCAAAAUGUGUCCUUUCAGCUACAACGCCAACCGCUUCUUUGCACGGCCAGAGCAGAUUCAAAAGUCACAGAACGACCUCCGCCUUUGCCGCCUCGUUCUGUUUCUCGUGAAUAACCCCAUCAGCCCCGUCAUCGCUCACCAACUCGCCCAAAGCCUCGAUCGUGAGCUGCAGGACCUGGGCAUCCGCGCCCAAGUGCAAUCCAUUGUGAGCCGGCUGCAACAGGUGCGGGCGGCGCUGCGUGCUGCUGGCGGUGCAGAAGCUCCGCUCCCCGCUGUCCGUCGCGUCGUCAUGCAAUUCCGUGAUCUCCCGCCGCUGCCUCCACCACACGCCGCCCCACGCCGCAGGCAACAGCAGCAGCGAGAAGCGCACCGCGUUGACGUGGCACAACCACAGGCAGCGCCAAGGCGGAGGCGAGUCGAGCGGCGACAACACAACAUGGCCGAACGGCGUCCGGAAGUGGGGCAACACUUUGCACAAUACUUUGCAGGGCUUGGGCAGCGCGCACAGCAACAUCGCGGACGGGAACGGCGAGAAGAGCGACGACACCACGUGUUGGAAAGGCGACCAUCACCGCCACCACCACCAUCGCCACCAUCACCAGUUCACCGAAUCCAAUUUCCAGAGUAUCCGCCACUGCGACUGCCGCGACAACGCCGACACCACCGCCAACAACAACAACAACAACAACAACAACAACAACAACAACGACAACAACAACGUGAUGUUGUACGCAUCGGCAAGCAAGUGGGCCUGUAUGUCGCGCUGCUUGUGCAGUACGCCUUGCAGCUCAACACGCUUGGAUUUGGUCACACGUCCAACACCUUCCUGUGCAUCGUGACUGGCGCGCUGGUGUACUUCACCACCACGCACCCAACAACCCUCGCCAUUGCUCGCGGCCACCACAAUGACAACGACGACGGCGACGACAACAACGGCAAUGAUCAGCAACAGCCCGGACCAGCCCCAGUGCCCCCAGGCGCUGUUGUCAUCUCUGUUGCCGUGUUCAUCUACUCGCUGGUUGUGCUUGGCGUGUCUGGAAGCGUGUGGACAACCAUGGCUGCCACGCUGCUGUUUGCUGUUGUGCUUGCAGCCACACACUGGCCACCAGCCACCGUUGCUGUCCAGGCACUGCUGCUGCACAAGCUGAUCACGGGCAUCUUCGCGCCAACAUCGGGCGCCCACGGUCUCGUGUACGUUCUCCUCCUCGACCUUCCCUUUGAAGCCAUCACCGCAGUCGUCACCAUCGCCGUCAGCGUCAGUGCGCAUGCGCACAACCCGGCCUUUGCAGACUGGUUUGGGCGCGCCUCUAUCACCCGCGACAUCAUGUGCGUGUGUGCACUCCUUGUGCUUGGUCAGCUCCCUCUCAGCGCGUCCCUUCCGCUCUGCAUCGCACUCGUCGCUAUUGCCCCUCUCGCCGUUCGAUAG